CGGGUUGCCCCACCCCGCCCCGCAGGUUGUUGGUGAACACGGAACUACAGUUUCUGCUGCUGCGCUGCUCCAUCUCUGCAGACAGGAGAGAGAAACAGACUCGAAACACCGAGGAACACAUCAACAUUUCUGACUGAGAGGCGUCUUGUGUUGAUGUUAAUGAUGUUCCGCUUGCGGGCGUUGUCCGCAGUUUCGGUGGGGCUUGUGCAGCUGUCUCGGCGCUACCACAGUGGUGCAGUGCGAGGGACCGGCCGCAGGAGGCUGAUGCUCGCAGCCCUUGCUGGGGUCACUGGUGUGUCUGUCAGCGCUGGGCUGCUCUGGAAAAGAGCCCACGCGGAGGCAGGGCCAUCCGUCAUCCAUCACUGCGAGAUACCAGCGGACAGUUUUGUGAGGGAACCGGAUCCCAAGACGGAGUCGGAGAAGUCGGUUGAGGCCAGCAGCGGAGACGAGGAAUCGGCGGAUGAUGCAGGCGAGGGGAAAAAGAAGAAGCCACGCUCCGGAUUUCGCGACCGCAAGGUGAUGGAAUAUGAGAACAGGAUUAGAGCCUACUCAACCCCAGACAAGAUUUUCCGCUACUUUGCCACGCUGAAGGUCAUCGGUGAGAAUGGCGACGCUGAAGUUUACAUGACGCCCCAAGACUUCAUACGCUCCAUCACGCCCAACGAGAAGCAGCCUGAGAGUCUGGGCCUGGAUCAGUUCGUUGUGAAGCGCUAUGACGGCAAGAAGAUCGCCCAGGAGAGGGAGAAGUUUGCAGACGAGGACAGCAUCUUUUUCACUCUGGGAGAAUGUGGCCUUAUCUCCUUCUCCGACUACAUCUUCCUCACCACCGUGCUGUCCACUCCCCAGAGGAACUUUGAGAUCGCCUUCAAGAUGUUCGAUCUGAACGGAGACGGAGAGGUGGAUCUGGAGGAGUUUGAUCAGGUCCAGAGCAUCAUUCGCUCUCAGACCAGUAUGGGGAUGAGACACCGCGACCGCUCCACCACAGGAAACACCCUGAAGACGGCUGGCUGCAGCUCGGCUCUCACCACCUACUUCUUCGGAGAGGACCUGAAGGGGAAACUCACCAUCGGCAGCUUCCUGGAGUUUCAGAGGAAACUGCAGCACGAUGUGCUCAAACUCGAGUUCGAGAGGAACGAUCCCGUGAGCGGCAGGAUCACAGAGAGACAGUUCGGCGGUAUGCUGCUGGCCUACAGCGGCGUCCAGUCCCGUAAACUCAAGCAGAUGCAGAAGGGCUUGAAGAAGAUGUUCAAGGAUGCGCAGGGCAUCUCGUUUGAGGAGGUGGAGAACUUCUUCACUUUCCUGAAGAACGUGAACGACGUGGACACAGCGCUGAGUUUCUACCACAUGGCCGGAGCCUCCAUAGAUAAAGUGACCAUGAAGCAGGUGGCGCGCACCGUGGCCAAAGUGGAGCUGUCGGAUCACGUGUGUGACGUCGUGUUCGCUCUGUUUGACUGUGACGGGAAUGGCGAGCUCAGCAACAAGGAGUUCAUCGCCAUCAUGAAGCAGCGUCUGAUGCGUGGGCUGGAGAAACCCAAAGACAUGGGCUUCACUCGUCUGAUCCGCGCCAUGUGGAAGUGCGCUCAGGACACCGCCUGGGACUUUGCCACGCCAAAGACGCAAUAGAGACGGGAGACGGGGAGUGGUGCUCGCAUCAUGGCGGGCGCCCUGACUAAAGACUUCAGAACUCUGCAGCUCUGCGGGGCGACCUCCAUCAUUAACGCAUGUCGCUGUAGACAAAGCUCUCAUUAUAGUGACUUAAGCAUGCUGACUCUAACCUGCCUGAGUGAAGCAUCAUGGGUAAUUGUAUAUUCUUAAGUAAACAAAGUCUAUUAGGGGUUUUUUUUGUUCUGUGGAGGAACGCAGCUUGAGCAGGAGACGCUGUGAGCCUUUUUUUUUUUUAAAACACUAAAAACUGCAUUGAAGAGUUUAACACACCUCGUCUCAAAAUGUUGUUUGACCUUCAUCGUUCAUCCUGCAGGACGUCUGCUCCACGCCCGAGCAGAGCGUAGCGUUUCUUAUUUAGGCGCUCAUAUUGACAGGAUUGAGCAGCCGCACAGCCAAGCAUGUCCACAGGAUGGAAAGGAUUCAUGAUAAGCAAUUUAGGCUUUAAAGUUUCAAAUUAAAAGUUCAAUUUAAAUAAAAAACACCUUUCAAUACAGGUCAAAGUUUACAUCUGUUUAAUGUGAAACAUAAAGCUCCUGUGAGGUUUUAGCAAGUCAUGGAACAGACUGAAAUAAAUACUAAAGGAGCAGUAUGUUACUCUGACACCCAGUGGUUAAAAUGGGUACUGCAGUCCAGAUUCAAAACAUAGUAGAAAGCUGUCUCCCUGCGCCCCCUCCUCUCUUGAGCUGAUGGGCAAACAGGAUCCCUAAAACCUUUCUGUGUUCUAACCUCUCUCCAUUUUUCAAAAGCAUCUCCAAUAUUGAUCCUAGUUUGAGCACGUUUCUGCUCGUGGAGCUUAUUAGAAACAUGCAGAGGUACAAUCACUUCUAUCUGAACCACUUCUCUUGACCCGCUUCCAUCGCUGCAACACCUGUUGACCUGAUAACUGCUCUCAUAUCUGGCAAACCGAGGGGUGUCCAAAACGGCCGUGUGGGGGCGGGGCUUUAAAACCACCUACCUUCUCUGGUCCAAACAAAUCCAGAGCAUUCAGGAGCAGAAUCUAAAGUUAGAAGGAGGACAUACUGACUGCUGCAUUGUUGUCAGAGAAGCCAGCACUUCAACAUGUUUCCUUAAUGUCUGAUCAGAUAGUAAGAUACCUUUAUCAUUUCACUCUCUACACAUCUCACUGAUUGGACCUUUAUUGUCUUUUUAUGAGAUACAAAAGCAAAAAAGAUCGGCCUGAUGUCUUGAUGUGUGAUGAGCCAGUAAAGAUUCUCGAUGACUGGUACGUUUGGCUGCUUAAAGAAAACAGAAUGAAGUUUUUUGUUUUGAGAAAAAAUACUUUUACAUGUACAGGGAAAGUCUGCAGAGUAACGACAUGCCGCUUUGUCCACAGGGGGGCGCUCUAAACGUUCCUCACAGGAGCUUUAAGUCUGAAACUCACAAACAUUUGAUGAUAAAUUUCUGUUUUCAAACUCGCUCAGAGAGAUGAAGAGAUCGUCUGCACAGACUGAGGACGGGGACACAGAGCACUGAUUUCUCUUUGUUUUGGUCAGAGAGCAGAUGUCCGUAAUCUCGUUAGCACCUCUUCACUCCGUCUGAAAAGCUCCAGCUGCAUCUUUCACUCUGAUUAUUUUGUCCCCAUAAGAGAUCAAUGAUGCUCGGCGCUCCGUGCUCACAGCGUGCGUUCCUCUAAUUAUAACUCACUGAAACACUUUAUAUACGAUGGAUGGUUGAAGAAAUGCUCUAUUAAAAGAUGUUUUUAAUAAUAUGAAAACCGA